AAUAAGACAAAGAUGUGUAAGUUUUGUUGUGGAGCUAAUCAAACAGCUUGAGCAACGUCUGCCUGACAAUGUUCAAGUCUUGCAGUCAAUGUCCUUACUGAGUGCAGGUGAAUGCUUGCAACCCAUAAAGCCUGGAAUAAUAGAUCUAGCAAAGAUGUUCACUGAGAGUGAUGAAAUUUUGACACGAAUUGACUUCCAGUGGAGAAAUCUACAUAAAAUACUGUGGAAGAAAAAUACUGACACAUCAGAACUCUGGGCUGAAAUAUCUUCGCACACAGAUGCAACUGGAGAAAACCCCUUCAGUGAUCUUGCAGAAUUGGCUUUGACUGUCCUAACACUACCUCACUCGAAUGCAGAUGUGGAACGCAUCUUCAGUCACAUGAAUAUCGUGAAGUCAAAGCUACGAAAUCGGCUGAGUAUCAAAAGCUUAAAUGCGUUGCUGACUAUUAGAUAUGGACUACGAAGAAAUGGAAGCUGCUGCUAUGAUUACAAACUGCCUAAGGAAGUACUUCAAAGUAUUGGAACACUUAAAGCAUACGAGUCAUCACAAUCUCCAGCAGGAUGCUCACACACAACCACAGCAGAGUGCCGCCACAGACGAAGAGAUUGGAGACUGGGAGCUGGCAGAUUUGGAGUAAAAUGUUGCAGGAAAGUGCGUGUGGUGUGUCACCAAGGAGACCCAGCCAUGUCGGGGUUCAAGAACUCACAGCUGGAGGACUCCCUCAUGCGGCUGGAUGCUGCAAUGGGCUCUCCCGGCGGUGGCGUCAUGAGGACCCCACGCAGGACCUUCACCUCCAAGUCUGCACGAGGAGAUGAUUCAGUUCUCGGAAGCCGUGAGGAAGGUCUGGGCACGAGACUAUCAAUAUUGCCUCAUACCACACACCUUAGUGUGUCUGGCCUGAGCUUCCUGGACAGUCCCACUGGCAUGGUGAAGGAUGUCACAGUUCCCUUGUCUGUGGUGCCGGAAGACACUACCAUGGACAUGACCAGUGCUGCCCUUCUGGCUCAGGAUGAUCCUGGCGUCAGAGCCACGCAGGUUCUGUUUUCUGAGUUCAUCAACAUCAUGGUGGGUCACCCAUCUGAGGCACAGGUGUGGGAAGAACUGGAGCAGUAUGAGCAGGCUUGUGCCCAGCAAGUGGAGUUUCUUGGAAAGCUCAUCCGGAAGGCACCAAGACACCACACAAACUUCACAAACACACAAAGGAUCUUUCAACAAUUGUUGCAUGAACGCAACACAUGGCGUCUUCUUGGAUCUCUGUACACUGAACGCCUGGCAGAGGAUGACUCAAAGGACUCCCCAAUGGAGGAGGAGCCCACCACUGACCUCAAAGUAGUCACCAACCUUUAUGACUCCAAUCGCACCAUCAGAGAGGCCCAAAUAGUCAUUGAUUGGCUAGAGAACAUCGCUUUUGACAAUUUCAAGACAUGUUAUGAUGCAGUGGAGUAUUUUGGAGGCACACAUAUUGCCUGGGAAAACACUCUGAAAACUCUGAGGAAUGAAAAUAGUGGCAUUGUGCAGCCCCUGAAAGGUUCCCGGCCUCUUGUCAAAUCCCUGGAUCCUGAUUCAUGUCUGCGAGAAAGCCGGCCCCUGCAUGACCUUGAUCAGGAGGAUGAAAUGCGUCUGCUGUUGAAUGUGCUUGUUUGUGUGCGGUCUGGGCAGGUAUCACUGGCACAGGAGCUGUGUGUGCGUGCUGGCCAUCACUGGCGAGCUGCUUCACUGGAAGGCUGGAAGCUGCACCAUGACCCGAACCCAAAGGAUCCCUCUCAGCGUCAGCCAAUCACUGGCAAUGCAUAUAGAGAUGUGUGGAAAGCUGUAGCAUGGAGGAUAGCCAGUGAUGAGCGUUUAGUGGUGAAUGAGCGUGCCAUCUAUGGGGCGCUGUGUGGCCACCUGCCAGCCAUGCUACUAGCCUGUGACAAGUGGGAGGACACGCUGUGGGCAUACACCCGCACCAUGGUGGACCAGUGGGUGGAGGAGCAGCUCAGGGCAGCAACCACACAUUUGCGCAGCCUCCAUCCUUUACCUAAGGACUAUCCUGAGGAGAAGCUAACUCUGAAAGCAGUAUUUGAAGCAGUGGAACAGCGGAUGAAAAUUCAAAAGGAGCAAGGAAAGAAUUUGUACUACCUUCUGCAGAAAUAUCUCAUACUUGAUGAUAUGGAGAGCCUGUUGCAGGAGGCUCAUGUAUGGCUGAAUGAUGGCAUUGCUCCCCACCUGCUGCGCUGCCUCACACAUGUUGUGCUUUUCUUGCGCAAGAUUGGCCGCAUCCCUCAGCAGCUAGAGCCUCAUUGCAUUGACAUUCUGGAGGCCUGUGUCAAGGAAGCUAUCGAACGGGGAGAUGUGGAGCAGGUGGCUUGGUAUACUUCUGUCCUGCCUCAGUGGCUACAGGUGGAAUGGUAUGCUCGCUUCCUUCAUAACAUUACUGAUGACCACCAUCGCCAUCAUGCUCUGCAGCUUGCAUCCUCGGUGGGACUGGACACUCAUGCCAUCACCUCAGCUGUGGUGACCAACAUCAGGUUGUCUUCCAGUGGCCGUGAUCCUGACAGUGAUGUCGUGUCAGAAACUACAGCCGAGGACCGGGUUAAGAUCAGUGCCAUCGAUUGGCUGUUGUAUGACCCACAGCAGCGGUCCGAGGCUCUCCGUCAGGCUAAUGCUCUCAUGCGUACCUUCCUUGUCUCACGCAAGAUUGGAGCCACUCGGGUGCUGUUCAACAAGCUCCCUAGUGACUCUGUGAAUAUCAUCAUAAAGGAAUAUGAAGCAGAGACGGGCAAAGCAGAAGUCCCAUCACACUCUGAAAACAUCGUCAGAGAAUACUUUUGCAUUCGCACUUUCCUGGAUGCACAGGACUCUUUCACAGACUGGUUUGACCACUACCACCAGAAGAGACCCACUGCUCCCAAGAAGUGUUCCCAGAAUGCAACAUUUGCCCAACAGGUGGCAUAUGAACAAGCAGAGCAGCAGUACAAAGGAGAGAUGGAGCGCUGGAAACAAACUCUUAACCUCAUCACCACGACUGCCUGUGACCGGCUGUACAAUGUGCUGCUGUUCCCUGAUGGAGGCUGGCUGGUGGACACAAACCUUGAGGAGCAGGAACAGGAUCCAGCAGGAACCAGUGCACAAGAGGGGAGUGCUGAGGGCCAGGCAGAAACUGCAGAGCCCAACCGUUCCCACCACCUUAGUGUACUGCGGUCCAUCUACAUCCCUCAGGUUGCAUCUUUGCUUCAAAAUAUUCUUCAUGCCACAGAAAAGUACAAAGAAUGUCUACAAUUAGCUGAUUUGAUUGCUUCAGAACAGUACCAGUUAUAUAAGGCAUUUGGGAGAUGUGAACUACAAAGAUUUUUAUUGAAAUUACAAGAGACAUCCAGAGAACUCCUAGACCAGAAUUGUGAUGCAUUGGGCUACCCUCUGCAUUAAAGCUGUUUUAUUUUUACCUGGCAGAUCUUGUCACUAGACCUUGUGACUUUACAUUUUAGAAAAUGGAGAGCUCUUGAUCCUCAAAACUCAAGCUGUGCCAGUGUUUAUAGAGCUUUAGUAUUUCCUGUGAUGACACCUCUGGACGGGACUCUUGUAGACUGAAUUAUCAUUUUGUCUUGAUGAUAUCGUACAUUGCAGAGAUUUGGGCAGAUCAUGUUGGAAGAAGUGUUGAACAGAAACUAUGAAAUUAUUGUUCUUUUUUUAUAUCAUGAAAAGCAGUUUUGUGUUGAGUGAUUUUUUAUAUGUUAUUUGUUCAAUUUUAUUAGUGAAUAAGCAGUUAUGUACUGCAUAUACUUGUAAAAUAUUCCAUAGUUUUAAUAAAGUUUUGUAGUCAACA